GCCGUGACAGCACAGGCCCCACGAGGGGCGACUUCACGGGGGGGUGACAUCUGCAGCGCGUGCCGAGCCUAGGGUGCCUCCUCGGAGAACACAUGAACGGCGCUGCCGCCGGGGGAGUCGAGAGGCCGAGUCUGGGGGCCGCUUCCGUCGGAGGAGAGCGCAGGGGCGGGCUGGUCACGAGAGGCUGGGGCGGGCCGCUGGCUCUCCACGGCGGCGGGAGGAGGGGAGAGAGCGAGGGGCGAGCGAUGGGGAGCAGCACGGAGCUCUUGGCCGACAUGCUGUGCACCGCCGCCGCCCGGGGCCGGGUCGAGCUGGUGCAGGCGCUGCUCGAGGCCGGGACCUCACCCAACGCGCUGAACCGUCUCGGUCGGAGCCCGAUUCAGGUCGUGAUGAUGGGCAGCGUCCGCGUGGCCGAGCUGCUGCUGCUCCACGGCGCCGACCCCAACCGUGCCGACCCCGUCACCCUCACCCGACCCGUGCACGACGCGGCCCGGGAGGGCUUCCUGGACACGCUGGUGGCGCUGCACCGGGCCGGGGCGCGGCUGGACGUGCGCGACGCCUGGGGCCGCCUGCCCGUGGACCUGGCUGAGGAGCGGGGCCACCGGGAGGUUGCCCGGUAUCUGCGCGCGGCCACAGGAGGCACAGAGGGCGGUGGCCACGCUGGUACCGACCCCGCGGAAGGCCCCGCAGACGUUAAGUGAUUUUAAACAAUCAUUGAUAUCCGGAGACACUUCGACACAUUUGGAUCUUCAAUCGUCGAAGUUUGAAGAUAAGAACUAUCCCGCCCCACCCAGUUGUUCCCUGCUUAGUUCCAAUUUAUCAAAUAGAGCUUUUUAAAAUACUUUUUUAAAAAAUGCUUUUUAAAAAAAUGCUUUUUUUGUAUGCUGCUUCUUCGCAUGGAUUCUUCCCCUAAAGCCCCAUUUAUAUGUUGUUAUAAAAAGUAAAAAACCAACACUG